GGACUGCAUCUGUGAACGCGUGUGUGUGAACCGCUGAGCUCCCGAGUGACGAGUAGGAUUUAUUUUCUUUGUUUAAUAUAAGUACACAAGUAAGUACACAAGAGGAAGCCUGCUCCCUUAUUUUGUUACUUUUAUACACGCAUCCUACCGGUCACGCGUUACCAUCCGUGUACCCAUCUGGGACUGGCCGUUCAUUUGUGUACUAUUCUAACCAAACGAGCUCUUUCAAAGCAUUCUCAUCGGUGUCCCACAGCUGUCACUGCAGAAGAUCUUCAUCCUGAGAUGCACGAUUCCCUUCAUGUUAAACAGGAGUCAGAGAUGCCUUACAUCAAACAGGAGGCGGAGCCAGAGGCCUUCUAUAUUAAAGGAGAAGAACAGGAAAACGAAAUCACUAAGUUUCCAAUGACUGUGAGUGUGAAGAUUGAACAAGAUGACUUAGAGAUCGGAGCAUUGAAACCUUCAUGCGGUGGCUCACUUCAGCACCUGACAACAAAGGGAGAGGAAAGAUCGGAACCGGAUGCCCUGUUAGCUCCGCUUUCUGAUAGCGAUGACGUAACGUCACACUCUUCUGACUUUAACACUGAUGAGGAGGAGGAUGACUUUGACCAGAAAGCUACGAAAUCCUUAAACAAGUCAACAUUGGAAACGAACACAAAAGAAUGCACAGUUCGGAAACCUUUUCCAUGCUUACUAUGUAAUGAAAUAUUUUCUUGGAAGCAUCACUUAACAAUACAUAUGGGUGCACACACUGGAAAAAAGCCUUUUGCCUGUACAUCUUGUGGCAAACGAUUCGCCAAGAUGGGAAAUUUAAAGAAACACAGAAGCACGCACACAGGAGAAAAGCCUUUUCCCAGCUCAGUUUGUCAUAAAAGAUUCGCCUGCACACUUUGCGAUAAAAGAUUUUCUCGAAAAAAUUAUCUACAAAAGCAUCAGCGUAGACACACUGGAGAAAAGCCUCAUAUCUGCACAUAUUGUGGUAAAGGAUUCCGCGAGAAAGCAAAUUUAAACAAACACACAAGCAUACACACCGGAGAGAAGCCUUUCGCCUGCACACUUUGCAAUAAAAGAUUUUCAAAUAGAGCUGAUUCAGAAAAGCAUAUGCGUAGACACACUGGAGGAAAGCCCUUUGUCUGCACAUCUUGUGGUAAACGAUUUGCAGGCAAGGGAAAUUUAAAGCAACACGCAAGCACGCACACACAAGAAAAGCCUUUUCCCUGCUCAGUUUGUCAUAAAAGAUUCCGUCAGAAGUUUCAUUUAGACAGGCAUCAGCGGACACACACUGGAGAGAAACCUUUUGACUGCUCAUUUUGUGGUCAAAGAUUCAGUCAGAAGAGUCAUUUAGAAACGCAUACGCGUUCACACACCGGAGAGAAGCCUUUCGCCUGCUCUUUUUGCGAGAAAAGAUUUUCUCGGAAGCCUCUGUUAAAAAAGCAUACAAGAAUACACAAUGGAGAAACGCCUGCACACUUUGUGGCGUAAGAUUCUUUCAGAAGACUGAUUUGGAAAAGCAUGAGCCUUCACACACUGGAGAGAAGCCUUUCACCUCCUCUUGUGAGAAAAGGUUUUCUCGGAAAGAUUCGUUGAGGAGACACAAGAAUACACAAAGGGGAAACACCUUUUUCCUGCACCUUGUGGCAUAAGUGCUGCGUCGAAGCGACAUUUAGUUUUGCAUACAAGGAGCCACAUUGGGGAAUUAUCAUGCAACUGAAAAAUAGUGUCUUAUAUGUAGAACGAACGAAUAAUGGUAUAGUGAUAUUCAUGAAUAUGCAUGGAAACAUAUACCCCCGCCUCUCUACUUUUUGACCAAUGAGCUGACGGAACAAUGAUGAUACCAAAUCCCCUUGAUCAUCUAUUCUGUUUUACGUUAUGACUGUUUUCCUGUUACUUUGAUUCACUCUAAUUUUGCUUUUGACGACUAUUUGUUGCUUUUGUAAACUCUGUUGUAACGGGUCCUUGGGUGUCUUGAAAAGCGUUUUGAAUGAUUGGCAUUAUUAUUUGAAAUACUUGGAUUCUUCCCUUUCUUUAUUGUUUGUUCAGUUUCCAAACUUUAUUUCAAUUGGUUUCAGGGAAGAUGUCUUGAUUAGUUUUGUGCAUUGUAAUAUAUUCCAAACUUAUUGAUUAUAGAAUUACUUGACCUUAUUAUUAUCAUUUUAUUCAU